AUGGAGUUUGAGGACAGGGCAGAGCUCUGCUUUCCACAACUCCUCAACACCUCCUGCAGGAAGCACACAUCUUCUUGGUCUGAAGCUGUUCUUGUGAACAUUGUGCUGUCCUCCAUCUCUCUGCUCACUGUGGCUCUCAACAUGCUCGUCAUCACCUCAGUGUCCCAUUUCAGGCAGCUCCACACACCCACCAACAUCUUCCUCCUCUCUCUGGCUGUCUCAGACUUUCUCGUGGGUCUCCUGUUCAUGCCAGUAGAAAUCCUAAAAAGAUCCUGUUGGUUUCUUGGUGACCUCGUGUGUUCUUUGUAUAAUUGUGUGUCUUUCAGCACUACCUCUUCCUCAGUAGGAAACAUGGUGCUCAUCUCACUCGACCGCUAUGUUGCUAUUUGUGACCCUCUGCAUUAUACCACCAGAAUCACUGAGAGAAGAGUUAAACUCUGUGUUUGUCUGUGUUGGUUCUGUUCUGUUUUCUACAGCACUCUUCUUUUUAAGGAUGACCUGACUCAACCAGGCAGGCAUAAUUCCUGUGACGGAAAGUGUGUUGUUGUCAUUGACCAAAUCGCAGGAGCAGUUGACCUUGUUUUGACCUUUAUUGUUCCAGUUACUGUCAUCAUAGUUCUGUAUAUGAGAGUGUUUGUAGUGGCUGUGUCUCAGGCUCGUGCCAUGCGCUCUCACAUUACAGCUGUCACACAGCAGAUUUCAAAGACUCCAAAGACAAAAAAAUCUGAGCUGAAAGCAGCCAGGACGCUUGGUGUUCUUGUAGUUGUGUUUCUAAUAUGUUUCUGCCCAUAUUAUGGCUUGAGCCUUGCAGGGGACAGCUUGCUCAAUGCUUCUACAUCCUUUGGGAUCUAUCUGUUUUAUUUUAACUCGUGUCUAAACCCUGUGAUUUAUGCCAUGUUUUAUCCCUGGUUUAGAAAAUCAGUCAAACUCAUUGUUACUCUUCAGAUACUGCAGCCUGGCUCCUGUGAGGCCAACAUACUGUAG